AUGAGUGGCCUCAAGAAGGAUUUCCAUAGCUGGUUCUUCCAACCUCCAAUGACACUGCAGAACAAGGUGGUUUUGCCCUCUGGAGGGAGGUAUACCAUCACCCUCCAGUUGGCAGCUGUGAUGUGCUGUGUGAUGGUAUGUGGCGGGACCCCUGACCCCCGUCAGAGGGAGAUGAUGAUGCACCAGGAGGCCUCCAGGCAGACAGGAGGUCAUGUGCAGCUGACAGGUGCAGAGCAGCGGCUCGACGCACACCUUCGCAAGCUAAAAGAACAAGAGAUGGCUGCGGCCCAGUUCCCUCCUGCCUUUCACUUCUUCAAGGCACGGCCCCUCAUCCAUAAGAGUCCCAUCUUUAGCCUGCUGCAAAGGAUGCCCAAAGGGGCAGCCCUCCACAUCCACAGCUCAUCCCUGGUGAGUGUUGAUUGGCUGGUGAAGAACAUCACGUACAGGCCCCAUUGUUACAUCUGCUUCACAUGGGGCAGGUCUGUACGGUUCGUCUUCUCUAGUCGCUGGCCCUUCCCUACCUGGGACUGCCUCUACUGGCAACUGUUGAAGACCUUGAGAGCCAACAUGGCGGAUCCUACAGACUUUGACUACAGCUUAAUGCAGAACCUCACACUGUUCACUGAGGAUCCAGACACUACCUACCCGAGCCAAGAUGCAGUGUGGGAGAGGUUUGAGAUGGCAUUCGUGGCCAUAGCUGGGCUGGUCACCUACGCUCCUGUGUUUAAAGACUUUCUCUACAAGGGCUUAGAACAGCUGUUUCAUGACAACAUCAUGUACCUGGAACUAAGAACUGGACUAUCAAGGACAUAUGAGCUGGAUGGAAGCAUCCAUGAUAAAGCCUGGUCCCUGAGGACUUAUCAGGAAGUCACUCAACAGUUUGUGGCUGAACACCCUAGCUUUCUAGGAGCUCGACUCAUCAUUUCCGUCCAUAGGCUUCUAAGUGUGUCUGAUGUUAAAGCAGCUGUAAAAGAGGCCAUUCAGAUGCAGAAGGAUUUCCCAGAGUUUGUUGCAGGAUUCGACCUGGUUGGCAGGGAGGACAGGGGAAGACCUCUCUGGUUCUUCAGGGAGGCCUUAUCUCUACCUGCAGAGCUUGGAGUCACGCUGCCAUACUUCUUUCAUGCAGGAGAGACUGACCACGAGGGCACUGAAGUGGAUGAAAACAUUCUGGAUGCCCUACUGUUCAACACCACACGUAUUGGGCAUGGGUAUGCCUUGGCACACCACCCACUGGCAAAGGAGCUCUCCAGGAAGGGAAACGUGGCCGUGGAAGUAUGCCCCAUCUCAAACCAGGUGCUGAAGCUGGUGUCCGACCUAAGGAACCACCCUGCAGCUGUGCUGAUGUCUGAGGGCCACCCCAUGGUGGUCAGCUCUGAUGACCCGUCCCUGUUUGGGACCACUGGGCUUUCCUAUGACUUCUAUGAGGUGUAUGUGGGCAUCGGUGGCUUGAGGGCUAACCUGGGCACUCUCAAGGAGCUGGCCAUCAACUCCAUAAGAUAUAGCUCACUGCCAUCACAGUUGAAGGAGAGAGGGCUGGCCAUGUGGCAGAGGAUGUGGGAUAAAUUCAUCUCUGAGAACUCAGACAGUAAUCCCUGA